GGGCAGCACCCGGUGGGCAGCGGAGUCAUUCAAAAUUUCCCGGGUCCCGACUGACUCAAGAACCGAGCCACGCGACAAACGGGCCCGGUUUAUUUUUGAAGGUGUGCCUGGCGCUCCGGGAGCCAGCUUCGCUCACUCAGCCAAACUACCGUGAACUCAUUACCUGCGCCGUUCCUGCCCAGCAUGGCCGACACAGCGCUGCCCAAGGCCAUGGCCGACCUGGCCGUGUCCAAGACGAAGGAGCUCAAGGGCACCGAGAAGCGCGACAGCCUGGUCGAGAUCGAGAAGAAGUACCAGGCCAAGUGGCAGCAGGACCGCGUGUUCGAGGUCGACGCCCCGUCCAUCGCCGAGUACCCGCUGGGCUCCAUCAGCGCCGACGAGCUGCGCCAGAAGUUCCCCAAGUUCUUCGGCACCAUUGCCUACCCCUACAUGAACGGCCGCCUGCACGCCGGCCAUGCCUUCAGCUUCAGCAAGAUCGAGUUCUACACCGGCUUCUCCCGGAUGCAGGGCAAGCGCUGCCUGUUCCCGCUCGGCUACCACUGCACCGGCCUGCCCAUCAAGGCCUCCGCCGACAAGCUCGUCAAGGAGGUCGAGAUGUUCGGCCAGAACUUUGAGCGCUACAAGGAAGAGGAGGACGCCGAGGAGCUUGCCGCUGCCGUGCCGGCGCAGAAGGGGGCAAAGGAGGACCUGACCAAGUUCAGCGCUCAGAAGGGCAAGGCCGCCGCGAAGACGGUCAAGGCGAAGUACCAGUGGCAGAUUCUGCACUCCAUCGGCAUUCCGCUGGAGGAGAUCCAUCUCUUUGCCGACCCGCAAUACUGGCUGAAGUACUUCCCCCCGGAGUGCAAGAAGGACCUGACAAAUUUCGGAGCCCGCAUUGACUGGCGGCGCCAGUUCGUGACGACCGACGCGAACCCCUACUACGACGCCUUCGUGCGGUGGCAGAUGAACCGCCUCAAGGAGCUGGACAAGAUCAAGUUCGGCAAGCGCUAUACCAUCUACUCCAUCAAGGACGGCCAGCCUUGCAUGGACCACGACCGGAGCGAAGGUGAGGGCGUCCUCCCGCAGGAAUACACCGCCCUGAAGCUCAAGGUCCUCGAGUGGGCCCCCAAGGCCGCCGAGGCGAUCAAGGGCAAGAUCCCCGAGGAUGCCUCCGUCUAUCUGUGCCCUGCGACCCUUAGACCCGAGACCAUGUACGGCCAGGUGUGCUGCUUCGUUGGUCCCGCCCUCCGCUACGGCGUCUUCAAGGCGUCUGAGAAGGAGUACUUUGUCAUCACUAAGAGGGCGGCCAGGAAUAUGGCUUACCAGGGCAUCUUCGAGAAAGACGGUGUCCCCGAGAAGGCUGUUGAUAUCCAGGGGUCUGACCUUAUCGGAACCCUUGUGCAUGCGCCGCUCAGCUUCCAUCCCCAGGUCCGCGUGCUCCCAAUGGAGACCGUCCUGGCCACCAAGGGUACCGGUGUUGUGACGUCUGUGCCCUCUGACUCUCCUGACGACUACGCAAUGGUGACAGAGCUCGCCAAGAAGCCCGAGUAUUACGGGAUCAAGAAGGAGUGGGCUGAGCUGGAGAUCAUCCCCAUCAUCCAGACACCGACGUCCGACCUGCUGGCUCCUCACCUCGUCAAGAAGCUGAAAAUUGCCUCCCCGAAGGACGCGAAGCAGCUCCAGGAGGCCAAGGAGCUCGCCUACAAGGAGGGUUUCUACCAGGGUGUCAUGAAGGUGGGCGACUUCAAGGGCGAGAAGGUCGAAGUUGCGAAGCCCAAGGUCAGGGAGCAGCUCAUCAAGCGCGGGGAGGCUUUUGCCUACGCGGAACCCGAGAACAAGGUCGUGUCGAGGUCCGGCGAUGAAUGCACUGUCGCGCUUCUUGACCAAUGGUACCUGGAUUACGGCGAGGAGAGCUGGCGCCACAUCGCCCUUGAAUACGUCGAGAACAAGGACGGCAAAGGCCUGGAGACCUACUCCCCCGACACCCGGCACGCUUUCAAGGGCGUCCUCGACUGGCUGAGGCAAUGGGCCUGCGCGCGGACGUACGGCCUGGGCUCCAAGCUUCCCUGGGAUCCCACCUUCCUCGUGGAAAGCCUGAGCGAUUCGACCAUCUACAUGGCCUACUAUACCCUGGUCCCGUGGCUGCACACGGAUCUGUUUGGCCGGGAGAGGGGCAAGGGCAACAUUGCGCCCGAGCAGAUGAUUGACGAGGUCUGGGACUACGUCUUCUGCCGGACACAGCUGUCGGACGAGCUCAUCUCCAAGUCCGGCAUCCCCAGAGAGACCUUGGAGGGCAUGAGGAGGGACUUUGAGUACUUCUACCCUCUCGAUGUCCGGGUCAGCGGGAAGGACCUGAUUCCCAACCACCUGACCUUCUGGCUGUACAACCACAUCGCUCUCUUCCCCCGCGAGUACUGGCCUCGCUCGGUCCGCGCCAACGGGCAUCUCCAGCUGAACGGCGAGAAGAUGAGCAAAUCGACCGGUAACUUCAUGACGCUGGACGACGUUGUGAGGAAAUACGGCGCCGAUGCCGCCCGCGUGGCCCUUGCGGACGCCGGUGACGGAAUCUCGGAUUCCAACUUUGUCGAGGACGUGGCCGACAACACCAUCCUGAGGUUCUACACCAACAAGGAGUGGAUCGAGGAGACAGUCAAGGACGAGAAGCUCAGGACGGGCCCUCUCAACGACUUCCAGGACGCUCUCUUCGACAACGAGAUGAACGCGCUUGUACACGAGGCCAGGAAGCACUACGAAGACACCUCGUACAAGCUUGCGCUGAAGGCCGCGCACUACGACUUCCUGAACGCUCGCGACACCUACAGAGAAGCUUGCAACGCUGCAGGCAUUCCGCUCCACAGGGACCUCGUCUUCAAGUACAUCAGGCUCCAGGCUCUCGUCCUCACACCCAUCGCUCCCCACUGGGCCGAGUACGUCUGGCUGGAGAUCCUCGGCGAGAAGAAAUCCAUCCACUUCGCCCUCUGGCCCGAGGUGCCCGCCGCGGACCCGGCGCUGACGGCCGCGCGCGAGUACGUGCGGCAGACGUCGUCCAGCAUCAACUCGGCCGAGGCGGCGCAGCUCAAGAAGAUGGCCAAGGGCCGCCAGAGCGACUUCGACCCCAAGAAGCCCAAGAAGCUGACCGUCUUCAUGACCGAGGCCUUCCCGGCCUGGCAGGCCAAGUACGUCGAGCUGCUCAACGAGGCCUGGGACCCGGCCGCCAACGCCCAGCGGAUCGACGACAAGGAGCUCAACGGCCGCAUCGCCAAGAUGGGCGAGAUGAAGAAGGCCAUGCCCUUCGUCCAGGCGCUCAAGAAGAGGCUGCGCGACGGCGAGCCCGCCCAGGCCGUCCUCGAGCGCAAGCUCGCGUUCGACGAGAAGAAGACGCUGCUGGCGAUGGUCCCAGGCCUGAAGCGCACCGCCGGCCUCGAGAGCGUGCAGAUCCUCGUCGUCGAGGAGGGCAGCAAGACGGCGCGCGACCUGACCGACGGCGGCGCCGAGGUCGACGUCAAGGCCCCCGUGGCCGAGUCGGCCCUGCCGGGGCAGCCGAGCUUCUUCUUCGAGAACGUCUAAAAUUAGAACUGGGCCCGGUGUUGAUAUCUGUGUUGGUGGCCCGCUCUCCUGUGGGGGAACUGUUUUCUGCAAAGGCAUUUUCUCUGUCUUCCAGGUUUCUACCUGAUCUACCUAUCUAUCUGUCUGGAAGCCUUUGCGUGCGGGGAUACAGGCCGUGGUCGAUGUUGCCGAGACAAGAAAGACAAGAGAAAAGCGGAGCGCACAAUGCAAUAGACUUCAUUGCGAGAUCAUGGUUUGCAAAGGGCCUUGUCAUAUUUGGAACUCUGUGGUAGUGCGCUGGCAGGUCUGGUGGGAUGCCCCUGGCUAACUUGGGCGGUGGGUGGGCGGUCGGACCAGAGAUGACGUCGCGCUGAGGUCACUGAGGUCACGGCUCCCCUAUCGAUCUGUGCAAUGCCGUGCCUCAGAUGAAGCCUGAACGACCAGA